CUUGGCUCUUCCCAAAUCCCCCCCUUUUGAUCACACUUCAUCUCUCUCAUCAUCUUCCACAUAUACGGUUUUGCUUAUAACAUCCUCAUUCUUCAUUUGAGACACAAAAAUUAACAUACCCACAUAUAUAUAUCUAUAAUAUAAUACAUUUUUAGAGAGAGAGAGAGAGAGAGAGAGAAAGAGAUGGCUGCAACAUCAGCUGCAGUGCUAAAUGGGUUGGGGUCUCCUUUCUUGUCUGGUGGCAAGAGGAGCCAGGCCCUGUUGUCUGCACCCAUUGGAGCCAGAGCUGGUGGUGGUGCUGCGGUGGUUCCGAGGAGGUUUGUGGUGGUUGCUGCUGUUGCUCCUAAGAAAUCUUGGAUCCCUGGUGUCAGAGGCGGUGGCAACUUCAUUGACCCUGAGUGGCUCGAUGGCUCGCUUCCAGGUGACUACGGAUUUGACCCACUAGGCCUAGGAAAGGACCCAGCAUUCCUCAAAUGGUACAGAGAGGCUGAGCUAAUCCACGGCCGAUGGGCGAUGGCGGCAGUGGUUGGCAUCUUCGUUGGGCAAGCCUGGAGCGGCAUCCCGUGGUUCGAAGCAGGUGCCGACCCAGGCGCCAUCGCCCCUUUCUCCUUCGGCACCCUCCUGGGCACCCAACUCCUCCUCAUGGGAUGGGUUGAGAGCAAGAGAUGGGUUGACUUUUUCAACCCAGAAUCCCAGUCGGUUGAGUGGGCCACACCGUGGUCGAAGACCGCGGAGAAUUUUGCCAACGCGACCGGUGACCAGGGCUACCCGGGUGGAAAAUUCUUCGACCCGUUGUGCCUGGCUGGCACGAUCGUCAACGGGGUGUACAUUCCAGAUAAGGAGAAGUUGGACAGACUGAAAUUGGCUGAGAUUAAGCAUGCUAGGCUUGCUAUGGUGGCUAUGUUGAUUUUCUACUUUGAGGCUGGACAAGGGAAGACACCCCUUGGAGCUCUUGGAUUGUAAAAUGUUGUGUUUUGAUUGUAUGAGAAUGUAAAAAAAUGGUAACUGGAUUUAGAGAGAUUAAAUUCAAAUGGUGAAUUAUCUUUUGGAGAUGUGAGUGAGUGUUCCCCCAAAGAAAAUUCAAAUUGGAAAUUCUCUUGACUUGAA